AUGGCCGCACGAUCUCGCCUAUUAGCCCGUGCGUGCUUAAUACCCACUCGAUACCUCUCCUCCACAUCUAUCACCCGCUCGGAAAUAUCAUUUACAAUGCCUCCUCUCACCGCCAACAACAUUAACCCUACAUGGAAGGAUGUUCAGUAUGCCGUGCGUGGACCGAUUGCCAUCAAGGCCGAAGAAUACCGCGACAGGCUGCGCAAGGGCGAUAGCAGCCUCCCAUUUGACCGUGUCGUCAACUCGAAUAUCGGGAAUCCGCAGCAGAAGGGUCUUGACCAAAAACCGAUCACAUUUACGCGUCAGGUGGCCGCGUUGCUCGAAUACCCUGAGUUGAUGGAGACGGGCAAAGGGAUUUUCCCGGCUGAUGCCAUUGCUCGGGCUAAAGAACUCUACGACGAGAUUGGUUCUAUUGGAGCGUACUCUCAUAGCCAAGGCGUACCCUUUAUCCGAAAAAGCGUGGCCGAGUUCAUUGAAGCGCGGGAUGGCCAUUCGGCGGACCCUUCUCAGAUCUUCUUGACCGCUGGUGCUUCGGCCGGGGUGUCUCUUCUAAUUAGCAUGCUUAUUUCGUCACCCAAGGCCGGAAUCCUCAUCCCGAUCCCCCAAUAUCCUCUCUACACUGCAACACUUGCUCAGCAGGGUGGUAUACCCAUCCCAUACUACCUUGACGAAUCCAAGGGAUGGUCUACCUCUCCUGAGUCUGUCUCGGCUGCUGUCUCCAAAGCCCUCAAGGAGGGAAUAGAGCCCAAGGCAUUGGUGGUUAUUAAUCCUGGAAACCCGACCGGGUCGAUCCUCGACGUCCCGACCAUGGAAGCUCUAUUGAAGAUCUGCGAGGAACAUUCGCUGAUGCUCUUGGCCGAUGAGGUAUACCAAGCUAAUACCCACGACCCAACCAACUAUCCUUGGGCCUCAUUCAAAAAGGUCCUGCGCGAUACGAAAUCUCCCGUUCCUCUUGUCUCCUUCCAUUCCAUAUCCAAGGGCGUGUCUGGUGAAUGCGGUCGACGAGGAGGAUACUUUGAACUUGCCAACGUACCCGAUGAAAUCACUGCAUUGAUCUACAAGAUGGUUUCGGUCGGAUUGUGCCCGCCUCUCAGCGGCCAAAUCGGCGUCGACUCUCUAGUCCGUCCACCAAAAGAGGGCGAUGAGUCAUACGCGCUCUGGAAACAAGAGACCGACGCGAUUCACGCCGCUUUGGCGAAACGAUCAUUGACCAUGGCCGAACGAUUGAACAACCUCCCCGGAAUGUCAUGCGCACCCGCGGUCGGAGCGCUCUACCUCUUCCCUUCGCUUCACCUUACCAAGAACGCCGUCAAGGCCGCUCAAGAUGCCGGCCAGACUCCGGACAACUUUUACGCCAACGCGUUACUGGAUGAAACUGGCAUCUGCGCUGUUUCAGGAACCGGGUUCGGGCAAAAGGAUGGCGAGGCGCAUUUCAGGUUGACAUGUUUGUGUGAUGGAGUUGACGAGUAUGUGGGGAAACUUGAAAAGUUCCAUCUUGGGUUUAUGGAAAAGUACAAGGAUUAG